AUUAUCGAACAUUAACAAAAGUUUAUGGUUUACGUUUUGUUGUUUCGAUUACAGGCAAAGGUGGUCAAUUUAAUAUUGUCAAUUUAUUUUUAGCAAUUGGUUCGGGUAUUGGUUUUAUGGUUAUUGCUGGAAUAGUUUGUGAUGCUAUUCUUAUGUAUGUUCAUAGAUCUCGAGAGACAUAUCGACGAGGAAAAUUUAGUAUAUGUGAAGUUGAUAAUGAUGGAAUGAGAGCUCAAAUUUUAGAACAUUCACAUGCAUAA